AGGAGACGGUGAACAAUGAGGGAGAGCGGACUGGUAGGACCAGCAGAGGUAGAACAUCUGAAACCAUCCCCUCCUCCCCUUCCCUGGCUCCAAAGUUCCCCCGGACCGACGGACCGCACAGACUGACAGCUGAUCCGAGUUCAGCCAGAGAGAGGAAGCAUGAAGAGCUCAGAUCAGACCCGAGACUCGAUCUGAAUGAAUGGGCUCGUCUCCGUGUGUUGUGGUCCUGAAGUGGGUCAUGCGGACCGCUGGAGGUGCAGGAGCGACAGAUCAACACGCACCAUCCUCUCCCUCCUCUUCCUCCCGCUGCUUGGCGGGUUGAUGCUCAAAGGACCGACCCAACCUGCAUCCUCAUCAUCUCAGCAUCCUUUUCAUCCAGCUUCAGAGAGGAACUCUGCAGAACAUCUCAAGGAAAGCACCACGGAUCAUCAGUGAAAGUCGUUUGUUGUUGUUGUUGUUGUUGUCACCGCAAAGAACUGAUCAAUCAGUGAGCCUUCAGGUUGAAGCAGGAGGUCGGAGCGGAGCAGCUCUGCUCACCGAGCGGAUGCAGGACCAUGCAGGAGGAGAGAGACAGGUCGCCAGCAGCCUGCCACAUAGUGCCAAGGCAAGCCUGUCGCUUUCUCCGACUGGGCUGGGACGGGCAGGCAGCGGCGGAGGCUCCCCUACAUCCAAGACAAGCUACUGCGGAGGGGUGCCGGUGGAGGACAUGCAGGCGCUGGCCAUUACCUCUCUGUCUGCAGCAGAUGUAGCCAAACAGUACGAGCACAUCCGCGAGCUGGGGAAGGGCACGUAUGGCAAGGUGGACUUGGUGGCACACAGGACACAGGGCACCAAGAUAGCGCUGAAGUUUGUCACCAAGAACAAGACAAAGCUCAAAAGUUUCCUUCGAGAAUACAGUUUAACAGGCUCGCUGAGUUGCAGCCCUUUCAUCAUCAAAGUCCUUGAUGUGCUUUUUGAGACUGAGGACAGCUAUGUGUUCGGACAAGAAUACGCCCCCGCCGGAGACCUUUUUGACAUCAUACCGCCACAGGUGGGUCUGCCUGAAGAAAUGGUCAAGCGCUGCAUGCAACAACUAGGUUUGGCCCUGGACUUUAUGCACAGUAAAAGUUUGGUGCAUCGGGAUGUCAAACCGGAAAAUGUGCUCUUGUUUGAUCGUGAAUGCCGCCGCAUUAAGCUGGCUGACUUUGGCAUGACCCGACGGGUGGGCUGCCGAGUGAAACGUGUCAGUGGCACCAUCCCCUAUACGGCACCGGAGGUGUGCCGAGCUAACCGCUCCGAAGGGUUUCUUGUGACGACCAGUUUGGACGUGUGGGCGUUUGGCGUGUUAGUUUUCUGCAUGCUGACAGGUAAUUUCCCCUGGGAGGCGGCAUUGCCAACCGAUGCCUUCUACGAGGAGUUUAGGCGCUGGCAGAAAGCAGGUUGUCCGGUGGGAACAUACCCAUCUCAGUGGCGCCGCUUCACUGAUGACGCGUUGCGUAUGUUCCAGAGGCUGCUCGCUGCUGAGCCGGAAAAACGCUGUGGGGUCAAGGAUGUGUUCUGCUUCAUCAAGUAUGAGCUAGUCAACGAGCUCAGGCGCAGAGCAUCUUACCGGGCAAAAAGAGGCGAGAGGUCAAGCUCAGGAGUUUGCACCGGCAGUUGCACGGCUUCCUUGUCAUCACGCUCCUCCCACAGACACCCUGAUACAUCCACCCCUCCAGGAACAUCCUGUCUGCGCCCAGGGCCUCUUAAACGUAGUGUCCUCUCUGACCCGCUGUCUCCCAGGGAGGAGUCCGGGCAGCACCAAUCUCCAGGCCGAGACAAGAACAAAAGCCAGAUGGUGAUGGCAACAGCCAUAGAAAUCUGUGUGUGACAACGUUAAUGGUGGAUCCAAAAAACAGAUGGCUUUUCACAGUAAUAACAAGCUGUGUAGAUGACUACCACAGAGACUAAGCGAAUAAAGGAGAGGUACUCAAACCUUGAAAGAGAAACUCAGGGUCCAGUUCCAGGCUGUGGUAAAGGACAUCAUCGAUCAGUGGUAAACGCCUGGACAGCUUAUCACUGAGAUUCUAUGAGAUUUAAGUUUUGAUUUAUAACCAAAGACUGCUUCCUAAGCAGAGAAACCAUGCAGGCAGCAUUUUUGGAGCUCCUCUAAGGAUCUACUUAUUUUGACAACCUCAUAUUGGUGUUUUCUCCCCAUAUACUGUGGUGGUGCUGAUUAUUUCAAACCUAAAUUUACUCCACAUCUCUAUAUUUCAAUGUUUAAAAGUUUUAGCUCUAGGUAGGCUGAAGACGAAUAUAAUUGACUGCCACUUUUCAAACUUCCUGCCCACUUCCAGUGAAUAA